UUAAGCCUUGAGAUCCCUGAACGCGUCAAACGCGUCUUCUCUUCCCCUCCAAGAAAAUCAUUUCUGUGGCUUUCGUCCUAAGUAUUUACACCUCAUCAAUUUUGAGAACAAAUUAUAAAUCUAUAGUGCUUGAACUCGGGCGCGAAUAUCGCCAGGCCAAAACCAAGCAUGAGUAGCCAUGACUUCAAGCACGGGGAUAGAGCCUUUCUCCAGGCCAUUUUAGCUCGAGGAACGAUUACUUUCGAAGAAGCCCGUCCUAUCCUUGCUGCGAUAUUCAAUGCCAACCGCAGGCACAGCGGAGAUGAGGAGGGAGACGAAGUACGAACAGAUCAAAUCACCGAAGAACACUUUCAAGAGGCCAUAGACAAAGCUUCAGAAGCGGCAUCACUUUUCGACUACGAAAUCCGAAGUACUUUUCACCAAAUUACCAAGAGACGAAUAUGGGCCUUGGUCAAUACCACGUCCGAUCCGCAGACGCAACUCGCUACCACAUACAGCCACGAAGAAAUAUCGUUCAUUAAACGUGUUCUAGACGCUAUGUUUGAAAAGUUCAACACCCCCCGUAUGGAAGUCAUGGCUAUCACCGAGAUGCAGGCCAUCAAACUGGCGCGGCCAAACCGAAGAGAAAGCCAGAUCGAUGUGGAAACGCAGACGCAAACAACUGUAGACAAAGGACUUAAGCAUAGUGAAGUAGAAGCUGUACUCGCAAAUUUGGUUGAGGGAGGGUGGUUUGAGAAGAGUAAUGAGGGGUUCUAUACAUUGUCACCCCGAGCGUUGUUGGAGUUGCGACCCUGGCUAGUUGAAAGCUACAACGACCCGGAUCUUGGGCUACGCGACUGGCAGCGCAUCAAGUUUUGCGAAGCAUGCAAGGAUCCAGUUACGAUUGGUCUGAGAUGCGCAGAGGUGGAUUGCAACUUCCGACUCCAUGAGGUAUGUGAGGAGGCUUUCUGGCGAACUAGGCGAGACAGCAAAUGCCCACGAUGCUCUACCGAGUGGUCAAGUCAUAAGUUCACAGGCGAGCGAGCGGUCACAUCGACGGAUGCUUUCCAACGGGGACGGCGGAAGAAUGGUAGCGGCUGGCAACGUAGCACACUCGCCGAUGAGGUUAUCCGUGACGAAGGAGGGGCAGAUGAGGUAGAAGACGAGGACGUUGAUGACGCCUGAUCGAGGUGUAUAUGCCGUUCUACCUACUUUUAUGUCUUUAUCAUUAACCAUAGAAUUUCAAGAUACCCACGGUCAAUCAACAUGAAUUGGCAUUGCUAAGUACCUUACUCAUGCUGCCCCCGCGUGGCAAGAAAACUUCAGACAUGGACAAAAUAUGCCAAGAUCAAUUCAUCAAAGAGCGCCCUAAGCGUAUACUAACUCA